GUUGUGUGUGACACGUGGAUUCCAAGAUGGCGCAGAGGAGGGCAAUAUCAAUCUGGCCACUGAUACUUCUCCUAGACCUGCAUACUUCAUCUUCUUUUUAUGUGCCAGGUGUAGCACCAAUUGACUUUCAUCAUAAUCAUCCUGUGGAAAUUAAGGCUGUGAAAUUGACUAGCUCACGGACACAGCUCCCAUAUGAAUACUAUUCCCUCCCUUUUUGUCGACCUGAAAAAAUUGAAUACAAAGCAGAAAAUCUUGGUGAGGUGUUAAGGGGUGAUCGGAUUGUGAAUACACCAUAUGACUUGCAUAUGAACAUCGGAAAGAAAUGUGAAGUGCUCUGUGACAAGCCAAACAAACCUGUCAAGUUUAAAAUAGCCGAAAGUAAACUGGUCGUAGAAAGGAUACGGGAAGAAUAUUAUGUUCAUCUGAUUGCAGAUAACUUGCCUGUUGCAACACGAUUAGAAUUUUACCCAAGUUCUGAAGACAAUGACAAAAAGAAAGAAAAAGAAGUGCAGUUUGAACAUGGUUACAGACUAGGAUUUAUUGACAACAAUAAGUUCUAUCUCCACAACCAUCUCUCUUUCAUUAUCUAUUACCACAAAGAAGAAAUAGAAAAAGACCAAGAACCUACGUAUAGAGUUGUGCGCUUUGAAGUUAUACCACAAAGUGUAAAAUAUGAAGAUCUAAAAACUGAUGAGAAUGGAAACUGUAAUCUACCUGAGGCUGCAGGCUCUCUUCCCCAAGAGAUUGAUCCCAACAAAGAAAAUGAUGUGCUUUUUACAUACUCAGUCCGUUGGGAGAGUAGUCCUAUUAAAUGGGCAUCUCGCUGGGACACCUACUUAACCAUGAGUGAUGUACAGAUACACUGGUUCUCAAUUGUGAAUUCGGUAGUUGUAGUCUUCUUCCUUUCUGGGAUUCUCAGCAUGAUAAUCAUUCGAACCCUCAGGAAGGACAUAGCAAACUACAACAGAGAAGAUGACAUUGAAGACACGAUGGAAGAAUCUGGUUGGAAGCUAGUCCAUGGUGAUGUAUUCAGGCCACCACAUUAUCCCAUGAUUCUCAGCUCUCUUUUAGGAUCUGGGAUCCAAUUAUUCUGCAUGAUACUAAUUGUUAUCAUUGUUGCUAUGUUAGGAAUGCUGUCCCCAUCCAGCAGAGGGGCAUUGAUGACAACUGCUUGUUUCCUCUUCGUUUUCAUGGGGUUAUUUGGUGGUUAUUUUGCUGGUCGUUUGUACCGCACUCUAAAAGGCCAUCGAUGGAGGAAAGGUGCUUUUUGUACUGCUACACUAUAUCCUGGCAUCGUGUUUGGACUGUGUUUUAUCCUGAAUUGUUUCAUAUGGGGAGAACGUUCAUCAGGAGCUGUUCCCUUUCCUACAAUGUUGGCUCUUCUUUGCAUGUGGUUUGGCAUUUCCCUCCCUUUAGUCUACCUUGGCUAUUAUUUUGGUUUUCGAAAGCAACCUUAUGACAACCCUGUGCGCACCAAUCAAAUACCACGUCAGGUCCCUGAGCAGAGAUGGUACAUGAACAAAUUUGUUGGAAUUCUUAUGGCUGGUAUCCUACCGUUUGGUGCCAUGUUUAUCGAACUGUUCUUUAUUUUCAGUGCAAUUUGGGAGAACCAAUUCUAUUAUCUCUUUGGAUUCUUAUUUUUGGUAUUCAUUAUCUUGGUAGUGUCAUGCUCUCAAAUCAGCAUUGUCAUGGUGUACUUCCAACUCUGUGCAGAGGAUUAUAGAUGGUGGUGGAGAACAUUCAUGGUGUCUGGAGGGUCUGCAUUUUAUGUGCUUGUUUACGCCAUAUUUUAUUUUGUUAAUAAGUUGGAUAUUGUGGAAUUCAUCCCAUCAUUGCUGUAUUUUGGCUACACAACCCUGAUGGUGCUCUCUUUUUGGCUACUUACUGGGACGAUUGGAUUUUAUGCUGCAUACAUGUUCAUACGCAAAAUCUAUGCUGCUGUAAAAAUAGACUGAAAAGACAAACUUGAUGAUGUUUGGUUUAUGAUGGGCCUUCCAACUAUAAAAGUUAAUGAACAUAUUGACAAGCAACUCUAGAUUCUGAAGAUUAUUAUUUUGAAAAAUUUCUUUCAACUUGGGGCAAUGCACGAUGUUCACUUUUGGUGUGAGUGGGCAACAAUGUUUAUAAGACUUUUUUUUUUAAAUACCUGUUUGAUUUUAAAAACGGGGCCCCUUUUGGAGAACAGACAUAGAAUGCUGAAUAAAUACUAAUUUUUUUAGGAAAUAACUAUCCCAUUUCUGCCCAAUGUCAUUAUAAUUAUACAUUAAAAACUUAAGUUUUACUUCAUAUUGAUUAUUGAUAUGCCAGACACUUUAAAAAUCUAUGACUGGAAAUAUAUUUGCCUCUUAAGGAGCCAUACCUUAAAUGUUGAAGUAUUUUACAAAUAGAUAGGAAAUGGUUGUGUCUAGAAAUAGAACUACUUUGUAGCCAGACCCAAUUUACAAAACAAUUCUAGAAAAUAAAUUGCAAUUUUUGUCUGAUCAAAGAAAUCCAUUACUUGUAAUUUGAACGCAGCUCUAUUAACUUGAAGAAAGUUUUUUUUUAAAAAUAAGGACAGAAUACAUAUAACUCAAAAUAUCAUGGUGACUUACUUUACUCAUCUUUUAUAAUGAAUGUCUAUUCCAUUGAUUGCUUUAGUGAAGAAAGCCAAGAUGCUCAAUGUCCUGGAAUGAAAUGCAUAUAAUUUGAUGGAUUUCCUAUUUUCAACAUUUGCACAUCCAGUUGAAGUACACCAUGUUUGAACAUGUAAUAGUAUUGAGCCAAACAAUUGAAGUAGAUCAUACACCAAAAAAGUUUGUCCAGGUGUAAAUAAUAUUUCCCCAUGUGAUUGAAAGAACCAUACAAGCAGAAGCCUUAAAUUUCUCUAGGUGCAUAUUCAAAAUGCCUAUAGAUUUGUUAGUUUUAAAGGUGGUUUAUUAAGUGUUUAAAAUUGCUGUACUGACCAGCAUUUUGGCGUGCACCUUCAUUAAAAGACUAUGGUGUAUUUCUAGAUGUGAAUAUAGAGGCAUAUCUGCAAAUUUCAAUAGAAAUAUUGAAGUAUUCAUAAAAGUUUGAGCACAUCUAAAUUGAUUUCAUGGUUUCUGUAAAGUGCCGAUUUAAAGGCCUGCAAAACAGCAUUCUGGGGAGGAAAAAAGCUGCACUUUCUUUACGAAGUGCAUGGGUAACACAGUAAGGUGUCAAAUACUUAAUAGCACUAACUUAGCUUUUUACAUAUUUUCUUUUUCCCUUGGAUCACUUAUUGAAAAUGAAUUACAACUUAUACAAUCGGAAGUGUAUAAAGAGUAAACAUGUUUCUUAUUGUGUUGGAAUCUGUUAUUAGAAUGAAUGAGAAAAUGACCACAAUGCUUAUUUACUAGUCUGCUGUUGAAGUAUUACAAAAUACUGCACUGACUUCAUUCAGGACAGAGACCACCAGUUUUUUUUUGUCUGUUUGACAAUUAAUCAAUAGAUUAGCUUUUCUGUACACUUCUUUAAUAAUUGAUAGUAAAAUAGCUCUCAACAAGGGAAAAUGGGUGAUAUUAAGUUUACUGUGAUUUAAAUUUUGUACAUUUCUAAAUAUUUAAAUGCUGCAUUAGAUUAUUUUUCUUUAGUGGUUCCAUGGGAUUCAUUUGAUUUUGUGACUUUCAUGCAAUGGUGUAAAUAAACAAUUUUGUACUUUUUGCUUUUGGUCAUAGGCACUGUAAGUAUGUAAUUGUUUCCAAAGGCAUGCUACUCUUCAUAUAAUGAGUAUAAAAGUGUUUCAACUUUCUUUUAUACAUUUCUGCAGUCAUGUUUUGUAUUUUUCCAUAAUGCUUUUCCAUAAUCAUUGUAUGGGUUAGAGAUGAUUGCUCAAAUUAAACUACACAAUCCAAUCGGAAAAAUGCAUAAUCCAAAAAUUUUAAUCAUUUAGGGUCUUUAGGUGAAGAUAGGCUGUCAUUGCUAAACUGCAGGAACAUUUUUUUCUGAGUCCUUGCUGUCUCCAUAUGCCCCUUGUAAAGCUAGAAAUGAAUAGAUUUUUAAGUAUAGCUACUUGGAUCUUGAAUGAUAAUUCAAAUGCUGCUUGUCUACAACAUUAAUAUUUUCUAAUGCUUUCUCCAAAUACUAUACUAAAUCAAUUGAUCUUUAUUACAUUGAGGUUUUACAGUGAUCAUUCUUUUAGCCUCAUCAAAAUAGAUGGAAAAUUAUGUCCAAGAAGCAAUGAACCAAACUUUACAGACUACAGUAACAAUACUUGUAGUUAAUUUGUUAACUAAGUAAAGAAUUUUUGAAAGCUGAUUUUAUUCAGAGGUAGAUCUACAUAAAUCACUUUUCAUUCCUUUAUACCUCUAUCAUUGGUCACCUUUGAAAGAGGGAUGAGUAGCACCCCACAUAUUUUUGAAGUUGGCAUAUACAUUCUUACAAGACUUUUUAUGACCAUUUCUAAGAAAAAGUUAGAGUCUACUGGUCUGAUAGCCUGGUAUGAACACUAGAAGAUGUGUUUAGUUGCAUUUUCUAUUCUCAACAUAUUUAUUACUACUUUUGAUGUACAUUAGCUUACAAUUAAUGUCACAUUUUAAUAUUCUGUACAAAUAACUUUUUUUUGUUCCAAGUUGGUUCAUUUAACUAGAAAUGCUUAUACACAUCAUGGAAGCUAUUCUAAUACCCAGCUUUUCUCAAAACAAAACUUAAUUGAGUGUCCUCUGAAAAAUGUGAAAAAUUGUUUCAUCAUUUAAUAAACUUGCACUACCUUAAUUGGAAAGAGACAUAUACAUUAAAAAAUCUGAAAUUUAAAUUCCUUACUAAAACACCUCUUUGCACAAUUUAAAUGUAGGUAUUCUAAAAAUACAGAAUUCCUAGUACACCCUUGAACUGGGGUUUGUAAUGUUAUAAAAUAUUUACAUUUGCUUAACUUUUUGCAGUUCCUGUGGUAAAGACCAACUAAUGGCCGCAGACUUAAAACCUCCAUAUGGAUAGCUGCCUGUUACUAAAAAGUUAAAUGAUUAACAACUCAGUUGUUAUCACUAAGGCAAUGUAAGAACAGGCCAACAAAAUACAAUAGAUGAAGCCAUUAGAUGCAAAAACAAUUAACAUUGAUCUCUCCCAUUUCACGCACAUCUGCUCACCUCCCUCUUUCUUUCUCCCUAGGCCUCCUAUCCCAUGAUCCUCUCCCUUCUCCAGCCUCGUAUCCCUUUUGCCAAUCAACCUCCCAGCUCUUAGCUCCAUCCCUCCCCCUCCUGUCUUCUCCAAUCAUUUCGGACCUCCUCCUCCCACUAUCAAAUCUCUUACUAUCUCUUCUUUCAGUUAGUCCUGACGAUGGGUCUCAGCCCAAAACGUCGACUGUAUCUCUUCCUAUAGAUGCUGCCUGGCCUGCUGCAUUCACCAGCAUUUUUUGUGUGUGUUGCUUGAAUUUCUAGCAUCUGCAGAUUUCUUCGUGUUAACAUUGAAUUCAUCAAUUUAUAUCCUUUCGAUGCAGGGUGAAUAGCUUGCGUGUGGUUUAAUUAUCUGUUGCCAACCUGGUUGAACACAGAUUAAGAAAACCUUAAAACCACCCAUUCAUAGGAAAUGCAGAAUCUGUCAGUUUUAUUGUGCCAAAUUCUCCAAAAGAUCUAGAUGCCACUAAAUAAAUCAGGCAGCACUGGACUAGUGGGUUGUAUAAAAGGUUGAUUAAAUCAGAUGCUUGGCUUAGUUAUUACACUCUUAUUAUGAUCCAUAAAUAGGCAAUGACCUUACUUUGAAGCUAGAAGAAUUGUGACAGUUAACAAUAGAAAAACUAUCAAAAAACACACACAUUCAGCAAUGCAGUUAAAGUUCUGUACUCCACAGCAGAAAGCUUCCAAUGGUAAAUGAAUACCAAGCAUAUUUAUCUUUCCGCAUGGUUUCUCUGUACUAAGAUAGCAAAUUUAGUCCUGUUAAUAGUUUAUGCAAACCUUGAAAUGAUGCCUGCCUUCAGAAGGAAUCAAAAUGAAUGUAAAUAAUGAACAUUUAGCAGUUCAAGCUCCAUUGUUUAAUUGUUCAAAAGUAACAUGGUAGCAGUCAAUGUAUAAUGUACAAUAAGUAAAUAUGUUUGAAGUACUUCUUUGGAUCUACCAAUAAAUGUCCAACAAAUUCAACUGCAGCAACAGAUUGCAAAUGAAACCUGAAAACACUCAUGUAAAAAUGUGAUUAUAUUGCUCUUAACCUGAAAUACAUUUGU